AUGCCGUCUCAACUGCAGUCACCAGCAACAGAGCUUUCUCCGAAUAGUGACGUACUUGUAAAUGAGACUCCAUCUGCUUCAUUGAAUCGGAACACUCUGGCGCUGCCAACAGUAGCUAAGGGGCCUAAAGAAUAUUCAGCACCAAUUAGAAAACAGAUACUUGUAUGUGAAAAUAAACCUCUAACGUCUUUUUGUGCAGUAGCUGGCAAUAUGCCAGAAUUAUGUGAUAAUAUUAUGAAGGAACUAAGUAUCGGAUCAGAAGUAUCUCUACGAAAAGUGUCAUUCUGUACAGCCUGGGAAGAUGGUGCCUUUGAAUUGGCUCCCUACUACCAAUCGCAUAGUUAG